AUGGAGAAGUCGAGUAGCGAGGAUUCUUCGAUCCACCGGAGUCCAUCUUUGGACAGCAAGGACUCGGACUUUGCCAAGCCGUCCACGUCGGGCCGCCCGUUCGGCCGCGGCUUCACGGCCGGCGCCUUCUACGGCACCGCGGGCUCCCGUGGCCAGAGCCGCGCCGAGGCUGGCGUGAAGACCGACAAGUACAAUGCGCCCAAAGGCAGCAAGUACGUGGUGUUUUACCUGGACCUGUCCUUUGUUUUCCUCCUAGAAUUUAAGAAGUGCAACAUGGCCAGGGGCUGCCUCUGCUGCUUGAAGUAUAUGAUGUUCCUCUUCAAUCUGAUAUUCUGGCUCUGUGGCUGUGGGCUGCUUGGAGUGGGCAUUUGGCUGUCGGUGUCCCAAGGCAACUUUGCCACCUUCUCCCCCAGCUUCCCAUCGCUGUCUGCAGCCAACCUUGUCAUCGCCAUAGGCACCAUUGUCAUGGUGACAGGCUUCCUCGGCUGCCUGGGGGCCAUCAAGGAGAACAGGUGCCUCCUCCUCAGUUUUUUCAUCGUCCUGUUGAUCAUCCUCCUGGCGGAGCUGAUCUUAAUUAUCCUCUUCUUUGUCUACAUGGACAAGGUGAAUGAGAAUGCCAAGAAGGACCUGAAGGAAGGCCUGCUGCUGUACAACUCGGAGAACAACGUGGGGCUUAAGAACGCCUGGAACAUCAUCCAGGCCGAGAUGCGAUGCUGUGGCGUCACUGACCACACAGACUGGUACCCAGUGCUGGGGGAGAACACGGUCCCCGACCGCUGCUGCAUGGAGAACUCCCAGGGCUGUGGGCACAACAGCACCACCCCCGUGUGGAAGACGGGCUGCUACGAAAAGGUGAAGAUGUGGUUCGAGGACAAUAAGCACGUGCUCGGCACGGCGGGCAUGUGCGUCCUGAUCAUGCAGAUUCUGGGCAUGGCCUUCUCCAUGACCCUCUUCCAGCACAUCCACCGGACUGGGAAAAAGUACGAUGCCUGAGCGGGCCGGCCGAGCGCCCCGGCCGUGCGGACACUGGGCCAGGGAAGAGGCCUUCAGCUUUGUGUCGCCUGCCCGCACCCUCCAGACUGCUGCCCCUGUGCUCGCGGCCCCCGCCCGCCGUCCCUGCCACCCACCGCAGCCUUCUUGGCGGGCGGAGGCCAGGGAGGAGGCGGCGCAGAGACCUUGGGGUGCCGGGGCGCCCGGAUUCCUGUGUAUUUGCCAAAGAAGACAGGGUGGGCGGGGGGUGUGCCCUGGGAGCCCCCGGCACUGAUACGUUUCUGCCCUGUCCUUCCUCAGCUGACACUGUCCCCGCGUGACGUGGGGUGGGGGGCGUGCAGGGCUCCCUUCUGGUGGAGAGACUGCCCGGAGGAGGCCCCGGUGCCCCCGGCCAUCCGGAGAGGGAGAGCACUGGCGGGAGUGGGGCUCAUCGCCUCCCUGCCGGGCCCCUGGGAGCAUCUUGCCCAGGCUUUUUAUACCUUACAGUGUAACUUUUUUAUUUUAUUUUACUCUGAUUACGAUUAUUCAGGAAUACGCUCUCUCAGAUAAGUUUAGGGUUAGCUUUCUGAUUUAUAACUUUUUACUGCGUUGAUUUCUGUAACGGUUUGAUUUUCUUUCUGAGGGUGGGGACAGGUGGGGACAGGGCACGUCCGUCCAGCUUCUAUCAGGACAGACCGCCGUGCACACUCAGGAGGCUCUUGGCAGGAGGCACCGAGGGAGGGGAGCCGCGAGCCUGGGAGCGGCUGGGGAGACGGCGGCGUGGGAGGCAGUGUGGGGGCAAGGCCAGCGGGACACGCGUGUUUGCCGAGGCCGAGGCUGUGCGAGAGGCCAGGGCAGGGGGUCCUCUGGGGGCUGGGGGGGCUUUGCUGGGAGCGAGGCCAAGUGGUUUUGGGUCCGUCUGUGUCGCUGAUGAGCAGUUCUGUUUUCCUUCUUCCUCCCUCCUGCCCUCUGUGGGCCGGGCCGGGAGGUUCCCCUUCCACCCCUGCGGGCAUUCCCGCCACAGGUUCUGCAAACCCGUUAUUUCACAAACAUUCCUGCUAGAAACUCUCCGACAAAUACCUCUCUAGUUCAGAUGCUGCUCACUCUCUCACGUUGCUUCUGGAAGGGGAAGCAGUCCUUCCGUGGAGCUGCUCAGACAGCGGCAGAGGACGCUCGACUGCCAGAGGGGAGGGUGCGGCCGUGGCGGGUCCAGCCAGAGCCACUCCGCUGCUGACUCCCUGAGGGGAGGGUGGGAUGUCCACCCAGUUCCCAGGACCCUCCUCUCCUUCCUCGGGGUUCACUGAUGCCGGGCUGACUGGCGAUUGUGUCCGCUGCGACCCCAAGGAAAAGUACAGAAAACCCAAAAGAAGUUAGACAGGAAGUUAGACAGGAUCCUGUUACAGUAGCCCUAGGACAAAGCAGCCUGAGUCAGUGCCUGGAGAUGCACCGUUGUGGGGCAUCCAGUUGUGGCGAGGUGUCCCCGCUAGGGUUCAUGCUGGUCUAAGCAAGUCGUACAGUUAAAAAAUAAGUCAAGAAUCCACUGGGCUGAGCUGGAAAGGUUCCCCACCAGCUGGCACUUCCCCAGAUGGGCCUGGCCUGGGCGCUGCCUUUGUCCUGCGCCAUUUGGGUUGGGCUCCUUGAUCUCCCAAGGGGCUCCCGUCUCCUCCCCAGCCUCCACCUGUGUGUCCCAAGAGUUGAAACCUGACCAUCCAGCCAGGAACCCCCCUCUGCCCUUAAGUACAAGAUGGUCAGGACCAGGAGUACAGAACUUUUGGUGAGUUCGGGAGUCAUGCUCUUGGGCGGUGGGGAGAGGAGAGUAGGGUGGUCUCAGCGAGUUGGGCAGAGCAGAGACCACCUCCUGAGACAGGAGCGGCAGUGCUGACGGGGAAGCCUGUAGGCAGGGUCUUGGGUGGAGGAUGGGCCGGUGCACAGGUGACCUGCCCUCCCCACCCUCUGGCCCUGUCUUCCUGGGAAGGCGCUUCAGCCACCCCCACCCCCCCAACCUCCUGGAAUCCAGGUGUGCAGAGCCCAGAGCAGACGUGUCACUGUGCCACGCGAGGGACCCUCGGCCCGCAAGCAUUCGAGUGCCACAGUGGGACUGCUGCAUUGUGAGUUUGUGUUGGGGGGUUGUUUAUGCCUAUCAAUGCAAUUUUUAAUUUUUGUUAAAAUCAAGAGCAAAAGCCUAGCCCCUUGGGGGUGUAUGGCCUCCCUGGCAUUUUAUGUUUCUGGAGCUUCGGGGGCGUCCUCCGGCCCUGGGGCCCUUGCCUCAAGCUCCCUCCUCUUGCCAGCCCCCGCCUCGUCUGUCUGUCCGCAGAGCCUUGUCCACCGUUCCCCAAACCACCUUC